GGUUGCACGGUGACAGUUAACGAAGCAAUCUCGAUUUCUGUGAAAUGGCAUGUUUUUGUUUUUCAUCGAAACAUUUAUCAUAUUGGAGAUAAAACAUACUAGUUCCUCUGUUCGCUUGUACAUCAGCGCAGUUCAGAAUGGCAGCCUCGCAAUUAGUUGAAAAGCUAAAGUUUGGUGAAAAGUACAUUUUGGCAAACAUCGUAGUACUGCCAUUAGACAAGGCACCGGCUAGGGUUGCACUGAAAUCCGAUGCCACAUUACCGGUUCCUCGAUUCCCCAAACCAUAUAGCAAAGAAUGUGAAUUUGCGGCCCGAAACAAAUUCCUCACGGGCGAUUUAUGGGAGUCGUUUGUCUACCGAAAGCUGUACGAUUUGUUGCAGAAUAAUAUGGCGGAACAUGGUUCUGAAAUCUGUCCACCUAAUGCGCUUAACAAGGAGUAUCUUUUGAACUGUGUAGAACGUCCAUACCUGCAGAUGAAAUACUCAUUUCGGGAUACAACCUACCGCAACGAUUUAAACAUGUUCUUCGAAGAGAGGGCCGGAAAUUUGCACAAUUGCUGUAUCUACGUUGAGAUCAGUGAUAUAGGGCGUACUCUAUGUGACAAGGUUGUGGAUCGGGAUAGGACUAUACUUCGCUUGCUGAAAGAAAUUAAUGAGCUAAAGCGAGGGAUCACUAACAUCAAAUCAAACGCCAAGACGCCCGCUGGCAGCAGCAAAAGUUUGCCUGCUCAAAUAGAAGAGUAUCAUCCGGAGCCGGUUAAAAAGAGAAUCAGAAGCGCCGAUGAAGAGUACGUUCCUGAGAAUGGUGCAUCAUCAGGUGUUAAGCGAAUGUAUAAACCGUCAAGAAUAGUCGAUGGUCAUAAACCAAAUAGUGCAUCAGAACCCGAUCCCUACACACCGGAAACGACCGACACGCAGGUUAAGGUAUCCUACACGCCAACAUCAAGCCCUCAGAACAAAGUGGAGUCCAACAAUACCCCAUCUUCCAGAGCAGUAAAAGUGGAUAAAAGCCUGUUCGGACCGGACGACGCCGAAGAGUAUGAUCCGGCAAAUCCAAAACCUUCUCCCGCAAAGCAAACGAAGAACGAUAGCGAGAAGGACAUGUUCUCCGAUAGCGACCAUCGACACUCACCAAAUGGUCACGAAGCGACGGGUCCUAAGCCUAAUCGCACCUCGGUGUAUACUGCAAAACGGGAAGUUUUACCGCGAAGCAGCAAACAAAGUGUACGCGAUUUGGAUAAUGAAAGCUCGGAAGAGAUUGAAAAACGUAAAGCGAAGACGACGGACAAAACGAAUGUACCUACCAAGGAAGAGGGCAACAAAAAAGCACUUUUUAAACUAAAAAAAGGCAUUAACCGAAAAACGGUCCCGAAAAAGGAAGUCGGGGAGGCAGAGUAACAUAGAAAAACUAACAGAAAUAGCAAGGCGAAGGUGAAAAGACUUUCAAACAACAGAAGGUGCCUCAAUUGUAUGAGUCGGUCGUAACAAAAAAUAUUACAUUACGGCAUAUAUUUUUAUAAAACUGCUCAGUGGUGGAUAUCUUCCCAUCGGCGACGCUAGUUUGCCGCUGUCGGUAGCAUAUUGGAUGAGGAUCAGAAAGUGGCGAUGCUAAAAUUAGUGCAAGAAGUAUUUUGUGUCACACGAGUUUGUGGAAGAUGAAUUUGUGCCACAUCAACAGCGAGGAAAGAUUGUUUUGUUACAUCUUCGCUACUGAUGGAAUAGGG